ACGCUGCAGGUCCCCAACAUGGUUGGGGGUUCAAAUUUGGGGAGGGGGACACACGAAAUUGGGGGAUCCCCAGCAAAGCCAGAGGGACCCUCGCAUUCCCCAAGACCCCCUCUCAGCUGUGGGGACCCCACUGCGAAAACCACACAGGGAUUUGUGUCUUACCAGAGGCCCUGUUCGUUUCUCCUUCCUCAGACACUCCCAGUGCCCCAGAGCAGCAGGAUUCCUCCCCAGAGACGGUGAGGAAGAUGAGUGGAUGCUCCCAGGACAACGAGCCGAGCGGCCCGGGGAGUAACGCGGCUGCAGGUGAGCACAAAGAGAUGGCUGGGGGCGGGAGCAGCUUCAUCGCCGGAGUCUUCCUCCAGGCCAAGAAGAAGAGGCUGAGCAUCUACGAAGCCAUGGUGAGGGGGCUGCUGACGCCGGGCACGGCGCUGGUGCUGCUGGAGGCGCAGGCGGCGUCGGGGCUGCUCACGGAGCCCGCCAGGAACGAGCGGCUCUCGGUGAAGGAGGCGCUGGCUCAGGGACUCAUCGGCCGGGACUUCUACGAGAAGCUGCUCUCGGCGGAGGGAGCCGUGAGGGGCUACACGGAGCCCUGCACAGGACGCAGGAUGUCCCUGUUCCAGGCCAUGAAGCAGGAGCUGAUCGUCAGGGACCACGGCAUCCGCCUGCUCCAGGCCCAGAUCGCCACCGGCGGCAUCAUCGACCCCGUGCACAGCCACCGCCUGCCCGUGGAGGUGGCCUACGAGCGUGGCUACUUCGACCAGGAGACGAGCCAGAUCCUCUCCGACCCCGAGAAUCAAGCGAGGACUUGCUUCGACCCCAACACCCACGAGAACCUGACGUACCUGCAGCUGCUGCGCCGCUGCGUGCCCGACCCGGAGACGGGGCUGCUCAUGCUGCAGCUGAUGGACAAGGGCUCCGUGCUCUACCAGCUGACCGAGGAUGCCCGCAGAGCCCUGCAGGCCGCCCGCACCACGCUGCCUGUGGGGCUCUUCCAGGGCCAGAGCGUCACCGUCUGGGAGCUCCUCUUCUCCCGCUACGUCCCCGAGCAUCAGAGGGAGGAGCUGCUGAGGAAAUACAAGGCGGGGACAGUGACCAUCCAGGAGAUGAUGAGCGUCCUCACGGCCACCAUCACGGCGGCAGAGAGGGAGAACGGGGCUCUGGGCUCAUCCACGGCCAAGCCCAGUAACAAGGCGAGGGCGUCACCCCCAGCUCAGGACCCGCAGGCUCAGGAGCAACAGCUGAGGAAGUCCCUGAAGUCCUCAACUGUGCGUGUCACUGCUGGGGAGUUCCGGGGGAAAAACGUCUCCGUGCUGGACCUGCUCUUCUCCAAAUACGUCCCUCAGGGCAAGCGGCAGGAGCUGCUGGAGCUGUACAGGGCAGGCAUACUGACCACGGAGCAGGUGGCCACCGUGGUCACCACCAUCGUGAACCGAACGGAAGCUGCAAACGCCGCGCUGGUGGCAAACGCCAGGGGCCCGCACAGGGCAGUGGCAGCGGCUGGGGAGGAUGGAGAGGAUCGUUCGGCACACCUGGAUGAUGCCUUGAGGUCCACCACCAUCAGCGUGCCAGCUGGGGAGCUGCAGGGACAGCAGGUGUCCCUGUGGGACCUGAUCUUCUCCGACUACAUCCCCGAGGAGAAGAGGCAGGAGCUGCUGGAGCUGUACCAUGAAAGGUUAUUAACUCUGGAGCAGAUGACAACUGUUGUCAGCACUCUGAUUAGGAAAAAAGAAUCUACAGGCAGGAAAUUGCACAUUAUAGUCAAGAGUUCCAGCAAGGAGCCCGUGACAGCAGCAGGAGAGGAGGGCGACGACACCCCCGAAGAGGAGCCAUGGAAAACAACCCUAAAAGCCACAAUGGUCAACGUGGAGGCUGGGGAGUUUCGGGGCCACAAGGUCUCGCUGUGGGACCUGCUGCACUCCCGCUACAUCCCCGAGGAGAGCAGGAAGGAGCUGCUGGAGGUGUACGAGGCAGGUGAGCUGACCCUGGAGCAGGUGAAGACCGUGGUCACCACCAUUGUCACCAGGGCAGCAGCAGCAGAGAGAGCGGAGCCAGCGGCGCCCGUGAGUGGUCCCAGGGCAGAGCCAGUGGCCACAGAGGCUGAACCCACCCCCCUGCAUGGGGACAGGGCCUGGGAGGAGACCCUGAAGGCCACCACAGCCGAGGUGUCGGUGGGGGAGUUCCAGGGCAGGCAGAUCUCCCUGUGGGACCUGCUCUUCUCUGACUACAUCCCCGAGGAGAAGAGGCAGGAGCUGCUGGAGCUGUACCAUGGGGGGACAUUGGCCUUGGAGCAGUUGAUACUUGCUGUCACCACCCUCAUUAAGAAAAAAGAAUCUACAGGCAGGAAGUUCCAAAUUACAGUCAAGAGUUCCAGCAAGGAGCCCGUGACAGCAGCAGGAGAGGAGGGCGAGGACACCCCCGAAGAGGAGCCAUGGAAAACAACCCUAAAAACCACAAUGGUCAACGUGGAGGCUGGGGAGUUUCAGGGCCACAAGGUCUCGCUGUGGGAGCUGCUGCACUCCCGCUACAUCCCCGAGGAGAGCAGGAAGGAGCUGCUGGAGGUGUACGAGGCAGGUGAGCUGACCCUGGAGCAGGUGAAGACCGUGGUCACCACCAUUGUCACCAGGGCAGCAGCAGCAGAGAGAGCGGAGCCAGCGACACCCGUGAGUGGUCCCAGGGCAGAGCCAGUGGCCACAGAGGCUGAACCCACCCCCCUGCACGGGGACAGGGCCUGGGAGGAGACCCUGAAGGCCACCACAGCCGAGGUGUCAGUGGGGGAGUUCCAGGGCAGGCAGAUCUCCCUGUGGGACCUGCUCUUCUCCGACUACAUCCCCGAGGAGAAGAGGCAGGAGCUGCUGGAGCUGUACCGUGGGGGGACAUUGGCCUUGGAGCAGUUGAUACUUGCUGUCACCACCCUCAUUAAGAAAAAAGAAUCUACAGGCAGGAAAUUGCACAUUACAGUCAAGAGUUCCAGCAAGGAGCCCGUGACAGCAGCAGGAGAGGAGGGCGACGACACCCCUGAAGAGGAGCCAUGGAAAACAACCCUAAAAGCCACAAUGGUCAACGUGGAGGCUGGGGAGUUUCGGGGCCACAAGGUCUCGCUGUGGGAGCUGCUGCACUCCCGCUACAUCCCCGAGGAGAACAGGAAGGAGCUGCUGGAGGUGUACGAGGCAGGUGAGCUGACCCUGGAGCAGGUGAAGACCGUGGUCACCACCAUUGUCACCAGGGCAGCAGCAGCAGAGAGAGCGGAGCCAGCGACACCCGUGAGUGGUCCCAGGGCAGAGCCAGUGGCCACAGAGGCUGAACCCACCCCCCUGCACGGGGACAGGGCCUGGGAGGAGACCCUGAAGGCCACCACAGCCGAGGUGUCGGUGGGGGAAUUCCAGGAUAGGCAGAUCUCCCUGUGGGACCUGCUCUUCUCCGACUACAUCCCCGAGGAGAAGAGGCAGGAGCUGCUGGAGCUGUACCGUGGGGGGACACUCCCCAUCCAGGAGCUGCUCAGCACCACCAGCAGCCUCGCCAGCGACAGCCUGGAGAAGCACUUCAGGGCCCUUCCUGCGCACACCAUGGACCUCCUGCGCUCGGAGGGCUCCUACAUCACGUUUGACCCGUCCCAGGAGCGCAGGGUGUCCGUGUGGGAGCUCCUGUCCUCCAAGCAGGUCUCCGAGUACAAGCGGGAGGCGUGUCUCGACACCUACCCCUCGGGAGGGCUGACAGUGAACAGAAUCACCAUCACCACCACCAUCACCACCGGCCCCCGGCUGGAGAAGAGCCACCCCCGGCGCCACUGACGGCGACCCCGGCAGAGGAGGGACCUGGGCACGGGUGGGACUUUGCUCCCCACGCCCCUCCGUGUGUCACCGCGGUGACAAACCCGCGUGUGGAGCGGGGUGGGGCUCGGUUAAACUCCUGCUGCCUCAACUCGGGCUGUGCUGAGAUUUCUUUUGCCCAGCAGAGCUUUCCCAGAGGGGCUCCGGGGGUGUCUGGGAGCCGUGGGGCUGCACCGUGCAGGCACCCACCAAGGACAGGGACAUGUGGAGCCUGAGGGGGGGGCAGGCAGAGACCCCAGGGCGGGGGCUGUGGGCAGCAACACCCGGCCCCAUGAGAGCCACAGAGGGACAGACAGCUCAGGACUGCUGGGAGCCCAGCCCUGCCGGGGCAGGGGCAGCACCUGGGGCUGUGGGACAUGGAGACCUGACCUGUCCCUCAGUUUUGCUGCAGGACGGGUCCACAGGGGUCCCUGGGCUGCAGGAUGGGUCCACAGGGGUCCCUGGGCUGCAGGAUGGGUCCACAGAGGUCCCUGGGCUGCAGGAUGGGUCCACAGGGGUCCCUGGGCUGCAGGAUGGGUCCACAGAGGUCCCUGGGCUGCAGGAUGGGUC